GUCGAGGCGAGGCGCGCGCCGCAUCCUCUCCUCCCCUCCGCCACACAAACUCCACUCCGCUCCGCUCCACCGCCGGCAAUGGCUUGAGCUGAGCGACGAAUCCCCUCCCCUCCUCGCGCCGACCGGGGACAGCCAAUGGCGGCGCGGCCGCCGCCCAGCCCGGCCACCACCCCACACCGCCACCACCAGGUCCACAACCACCUCCGCCUGGCGGCCAGGCCCGGCCGCCGCAACCGCCAGCUCACCCGCUGCUUCCCGGAGCCGCUCCCCAAUCCCCCACCAUCCCCGAACCCCCCGAACCCGCUCCUCUCCCUCCUCACCGCCGUGCCCGACUGGGCCGACGCCGUCUCCGAGCGGCGCAUACGGGAGCCGCGGCCGCUGUACACGCACGAGCAGUGGCGGGAGCACCGCAGCUCGCUGCGCCACCUGCGGCACCUCCUCUCCUCGCUCUCCUCCCGGGUCAUACUCUCCCUCGUCCCGCCCGUCUCCGCCUUCACCGCCUUCGCCGCCGCCGUCGCCACCUACAACACGCUCGCCCCGGACUACGCGCUCACCGCCUCCUCCCUCCCCUACCAGCUCACGGCCCCCGCGCUCGCGCUCCUCCUCGUCUUCCGCACCGAGGCCUCCUACGCGCGCUUCGACGAGGGCCGCAAGGCCUGGAUGCGCGUCCUCGCCGGCGCCACCGAGCUCGCCGGCAUGGUCAUGCAUUCCUGCGGCGCCGGUGAGCGCGGGGACAACGACACCGGCACGGGCGCGCUCGUCAACUACAUCCUCGCCUUCCCCGUCGCGCUCAAGUGUCAUAUCACUAGCAACUCCGACAUCAGAAAGGACCUUCAGGGCUUGCUCGCAGAGGACGACCUGAAUGUUAUCAUGAGCUCAAAACACCGGCCUCGUUGCAUCAUCGAGUUCAUUUCGCAGAGUCUCCAGAUGUUAGAUUUCGAGGAACAUAAGCGGAGCAUCAUGGAGUCUAAACUGUCUUGUUUCCUUGAAGGAAUUUGUGUGUGCGAGCAGAUCAUCGGGAUUCCUGUUCCUCUGUCAUACACUAGGCUUACUUCGCGGUUUCUUGUCCUGUGGCAUCUCACACUUCCAAUCAUACUAUGGGCAGAAUGUAAAUGGAUAGUCGUUCCAGCUACUUUUGUCAGUGCUGCCUCCUUAUUCUGCAUCGAGGAAGUGGGGGUUCUCAUCGAGGAGCCGUUCCCGAUGCUAGCUCUCGACGCGCAGUGCCAGCAGCUCCACGACAGCAUGCGCGACAUGAUGUCGGUGCAAGGCCUGGUCCGAAAGCAACUGGUGGCCAAGACCAAGGGCCGCGGCAGAGGCGGUAGGCUCCCGCAGAACGGCUGGCCCGUCUCCAGCUCCAGGAGCGAGCAGGUGAAGGUCGACUGAUCGAGCUGGCUGGCGGCGAAUCAUUCACAAACGGCGGUUGGAAGCAACCGAAGUGUAUGUCUGCGGUUUGUGGUGUGCAGUCCCACUUCCAGGUAGAUGAUGCUGCUGUUGCAACGAACAGCAGCUUCCCAGGUCCACUGUGUGAGAGUUAACACAAGCUGGUCCAUUGAUUUGCUGUGGUUGAGCAGGGUUCCUGGAUUGAGUGAGUAAGCUCUGUGAAGCAGUAGAAUAAAGUGGUGAGGAUGUAGUGUAGUGUAGCUCCGGCCUCACUUGAGUAGGCAAGUAAGGUGUACCACUAGCAGCAGCAGCAGCAGCAUCUAGUGCAUGCAUGUAGUAGAAAUGAAACUGGAUCCUGUGCCAGCCAGAGAGAUGGUGGCAGCUUCUGUUCUCCUCUAUGUACCCCAGCUUUGUAUAUAGUCCUGGCGAGCUAUUUAUUUGUCUGUAAGAGUACAAUUAGAGUACUGAUCAUAUGAAUGCAUAUCGGUUGCUAUUUA